GGAAGCUGUGAGUUACUGCUGGCUGGACACUAUGGCUGCUCCUCGUCUCUGUGUGUGUCUGUCUCUGUGGGUGCUGCAGGUGUGUGAUGUGGGCGGAGCUUCAGUGCUGAAUGGAAUUGUAGGAGAGUCCAUUGUGCUGCCCACGGGAGUGGAUGAGAUUGAUGGAUCAGGUUUAUUACAGUGGACAAAGGGCUCAACAGUGAUAGUCCAAUAUAUGGGCAGAGAAAAGACACUGGAAGAUAAAGCCUUUACAGGCAGACUGACCAUGAAUAGUAAAACUGGGUCUCUGACCAUCAACCCUCUGAGAGAAGAUGACUCUGGGGAAUAUGGGUUCAAUGGGGAUAAACCACGCCUAACAAUAAAGAUAAAUCUCCUGGUGUAUGAGAGGAUUGUUUCAGUACAGGUAAAUGCCCAGGUGAGCUACAGCUCAGACAACAGCACCUGUAACGUGACUCUGAGCUGCAGUGUGAAUGGUAGCAGCCAGGUGGCGCUCUCCUGGUCCAGAGAUGGAGAGAGGAUUCCUGGGGAGGAGGACAGACAGACAGUGAUGCUGCCCCACACAGGACAGAUCUACUCCUGCACUGCCUCCAACCCCGUCAGCUCACAGACUGCCAGCGUGACCGUCACUCCCUGCCAGGAGCACGAUAAUUCAGAUCCUCUAAAGCUGAUCAUCAUUGUAGCCUCUGGCAUGGGAGGUCUUGUGGUGAUCAUCGUGGUUGUAAUCUGCAUCUUCACCAGACGCAAGAAAGGAGAAACGGAGCAGGAUGCUACUGUAUAUGCUGAAGUAGGAGAGCCCACACAAAAGGACGUACAUUCUGGUGAAUCCAAAGACAUCAACACCUGCUACGCUGUAGUGAAGCAUAAAGCUUCUGCUGGCCAGCACUCUCCUCACAUCACCGAUGUGAGCACCUGCUAUGAUGUCAUACAGAACACAGAAAAUGCAGCAGCCCCUCCCUCUCUGUACGACACCGUCAACUUCAAUCGCGUGGGGGCAAUCAGUACCAACAUGUCCUCUGAGCACAGUCUGAGGGCCAAUCAGUACCAACAUGUCCUCUGAGCGCAGUCUGAGUGGCCA